AAAUUUUACGCCGUGAUUGUCGCGACGACGAAAGUCCGGGAUUUCUUCCAGCGUGCUCAAGCGAUCGACCACGUGCCGUAUUCCUGACAAAUUCUGCGAGGCUUCCUAUGAAAAAUCUCACGAUUCACGCGACGUCACGCAAGAAACAUGGCGAACAUCCGGAUUACAACAUCCGGGAGCCUAUCGGCGACUGAACGAAUCCGCCAUUGAGCGCGGCACGCUUGAAAGUAUUUCGCGGUUGAACCUCAAUCCGCGGAUUUGAGCAAGACAAUAUUGUAGGUUUUACAAUCCAUUUUACAGAGACGAGGAAUAAUGAAAGAACAACGCGCAUAAAUAUACAAAUGUUGCGUAAUUCACCCAUUAUUUCUUCCGCAUAUUACAUUUUCAUUAUGAAAAGCGAAUCAAAGUUAAUUAAAAGAAUAAGAUAUUUGGUUUAGCUUGUUCGCGCAACGAUUGACGUCUCGGGAGAACCAGCGAGAAAUUAUGUAUUAAAACUGCAUUUAAAGAAAACCCAUUAUUGCUUGCGUCAUUUGUCUGCUCAUAUAUCGUCAAUCUGCAUAGCUAUCCAGAUUGUAACCUAUCGAUAUCUGCAACGCAAAUUAUGAAAAAUUGUAUUGACUGAUAUGUCGGGAAAUGCGUCGCGACGCAUAUCGAUUAGAGUGAGACCAUAACAACUUGCCACAUCGGUCCGUGUUCUUUCUCGAACAAUCGACACAGGUUUGAGCAUGAAUUUACAGAACAGAAAUUUAUCAGACCAAUCGAAACACACGUUCUCCUUGUUUGUUGCAGCUGCAUACAUGUUAGCGAGCAAAAAAGUUAGAAAAGGAGAGGAGCGAAGAAAAUGCGCACAUGGCGCAACUGCGGAACAUGACGACACGUGUGCAAUAGUGCGUAUACGUGUGUGCGCGUACACACAUAUAUAUUUGUGAUAUGUGUAUGAUACAUAUAUACACAUCUUAUACGUAUUUUAUAUGAAUUGUAUGUUCAUGUACCGUAUGCAUGUUACGUAUGUGUUAUAAAUAAACGUAAGUGGUAAAUUUGCAUCGCUUCGCAAAAUAGCAUUUAACAUACCGUUCGGGGAUCCGCGGGUUUCUAUUUUCGCGACACGCACCUGCAACUCACUUCACACAAGUCCGUCGAGAGCGAGGACGAUGCUGGUCAAUAUGGUUGUUGCAAUAAAUGAACGACGAAGGAUCAUUAUAUGCUCGCGGAUAUGUCACGCAUUGAAUGCGAGAAAUUUUCCUUGAACAUCGGUGAGAACGAGGAUGAUGUCAGCGAUUGUUGACGUUUGAUUCAUAUUUGAUGACACGAAAGAAAUAUCCAUUGAAAAUCAUGGUUUUUACAUUCGAGUUAAAAAAAAUGCGAAUACAACGCGGAAGCUAUAUCGUAAAUGAUCUUUAAGUGUUGUACGAAGAGGAAGACGACGAUUAACUGAUAUAGCUGAUAUAGCUGAUAUAGCUGAUAUCAUAUAAUGAGCGUUAUAUAAUAUAAUAAUACAUUCAGCGACUACUACUGACUGUAAUAUGGUAUAGCGAAUUUGACAGAGAAGUUCAACGAAUAGUUCGUCCGAGGUGGAUUGUAUUUUUGUAUGUGAAAUUCGUAGUCUAAUACAUAUGUCGUGGAUAAAGGAAUGUACCUCGAACUGGCUGGAAUCCUUGGCUUCAAGGAUCAUAAAGACCGGAAAGGUUCCAAGGCACGUGGCGUUUAUCAUGGAUGGUAAUAGACGUUACGCAAAUAAACUGAACGUGGCAAAAAAGGAGGGACACUCCAAGGGGUUUGAAAAAAUGUUUGAAAUGUUGAGUUGGUGCAUAUAUCUUGGUAUUAAAGAAGUCACAGUUUAUGCUUUUAGCAUAGACAACUUUAAACGUAGUAAAGAGGAAGUUGAUGAGCUCAUGGACCUUAGUAGGCAGAAAUUUAAGAGUCUCUUAAAAAAUAUGGACGAAUUGGUGGAAGCUGGAGUGUGCGUUCGUGCAAUUGGAAAUUUGUCCUUGAUCCCAAAAGAUAUAUACCAAUCAAUCGCUCAAAUUAUAAUUGCCACUAAGGAUAAUAACAAAGCAUUUUUAAAUCUUGCUUUUUCUUAUACAUCAAGGGAUGAACUUACUCAUGCAAUUAAAGAUAUAGCAACGGGUGUAAAACAUACUGAAAUCUUACCAGAAGAUAUUACGGAAGAUUUAAUUUCUGACUGUUUGUAUACUUACCAAUCCUCAAAUCCAGAUUUAUUAAUUCGUACUUCCGGAGAAGUUCGACUUAGUGACUUCCUCUUGUGGCAACUUUCCAACGCUUGCCUCUACUUUACUGAUACAUUAUGGCCUGAAUUCGAUAUAUGGGGUUUACUCGGUGCAGUCUUUUAUUAUCAAAAAUGUUAUUCUGACUUGCAAAAAGUUAGAAACAAUUUAAAAACAAUCGCGCUCAAUGAUAGAUCAUCUAAGUACAUUGCUAAGUUGCACCGUGAACGUGAAAUUACGAUCGAAAAUGUAUGUCAAUCAACAGUUCAAUCUUAAAAACAAAUAAAUUUUUUUCUAGUGAGUAUCAGUGAAAUAUGUUAAAAAUUUAUUAUAUAUACAUAUUUUGUUUUAAAUCAACUUUCUAUUGUAGUAGAACUUUUUUCUCAAUUUUAUUCUAUUUUGUGACUUUACGUUGAUCAAUGAAAUUAUUACAACAAUUAAAUGUUAUUAUGUUUUAUCAGCAAAAUUACUGGUAAAUUUACAGACAUUUUAUGUUCAUAUAAUUAUAAAAGGAACUAAUUAAGCAAUUAAACAAUUAUAUGAAAACUAAUAUCAACAUUUCUACAUGAGUUUGUUCUAUUUUUUAUAAUAUCGUAAACAGGGAGAUAAAUUACAGGUACUUUCAGUCACGUAAGAUAUUUUAAAAAAUAAACAAAAAUUAUUAAAGGAA